CAAAGGUCGGAAAUCUGAGCCGGUUUGCUGACUCGUCCAAACAGAGGCGAGAUAGCGACGCCCGGAUAGGUAGGGAGAGAGAAGGAGGGAGGCGAAGAGUCGGCAGUCCAGUGACAGGCAGACAGUAGUGGUACGCACGUCCGUCCCUCCUGCUCCGUGCCAAGCACAGCUCCACGCCGCGCAUCGUGCAAUGGUAAAUCGUUUGUGCGACUCUCUCUGACUCGACGGCUUUGAGAAGGACACCCGCUAAAACUUCGGCAGUUUAUCCACUCACGCAGUGUCACCAUGCAGUCAUUUUGCCGCAGGAUUUUGGGGCUGAGUUCUGGCUCUCUGAAGCAGCUCUGUCAUUUUCCUUUGGCUAGUAGGUUUGCUUACCGCUCAGCUUCUUCUCUGGAUGUGGUGCCUCGUUCAGUUAAGCAGUUUGUAGCAGAAUCUGUUGAGCUCUGCAAGCCUGCCAGCGUACAUGUAUGCAAUGGCACAAAGGAGGAGACUGCUGAAAUCCUAAGCAUUCUAGAAGGAGAUGGAAUGGUGAAGAAACUUCCAAAAUACAAGAACUGUUGGCUGGCUCGUACCGAUCCCAAAGAUGUUGCCAGGGUGGAGAGCAAAACAGUCAUUGUGUCCAAGAGGCAGCGUGAUACCAUCCCCAUUCCACUGGGGGGCGGCAAGAGCCAGUUGGGUAACUGGAUGUCUGAGAGUGACUUUGAGAGAGCAAAACAGGAACGCUUCCCAGGCUGCAUGGCGGGGAGGAAGAUGUAUGUCAUCCCUUACAGUAUGGGUCCCCUUGGUUCGCCAAUCUCUAAGUUUGGGGUGCAGCUUACAGAUUCACCAUACGUUGUUGCCAGUAUGGGUAUUAUGACACGAAUGGGUUCAAAUGUCUUGGAGCGUUUGGAAGAUGGAGAGUUUGUCAAGUGUCUGCAUUCGGUUGGGCGACCAUUGCCUCUGAAAGCCCCCCUAGUGAACAGUUGGCCUUGUAACCCAGAAAAGACGCUUAUAGCUCAUAUUCCAGACAACAGAGAGAUUGUGUCUUUUGGAAGUGGCUAUGGUGGAAAUUCCCUCCUUGGCAAGAAGUGCUUUGCACUUCGAAUUGCAUCCCGGAUAGCCAAAGAUGAGGGCUGGUUAGCUGAGCACAUGCUGAUUCUUGGCAUAACUAAUCCAGCAGGUGUAAAGAAAUACGUUGCAGCUGCGUUUCCUAGUGCCUGUGGCAAAACCAACUUGGCAAUGAUGUGCCCAACUUUGCCUGGCUGGAAGGUAGAAUGUGUUGGUGAUGACAUUGCAUGGAUGAAAUUUGAUAGCCAAGGGCGAUUGCGAGCCAUUAAUCCAGAGAAUGGGUUCUUUGGCGUAGCCCCCGGCACCUCAAUGAAGACCAACCCAAAUGCUAUGAGGACAGUCCUUAGUAACACCAUGUUCACUAACGUUGGAGAGACAAGUGAUGGAGGGGUAUACUGGGAGGGGAUUGAAGAACCACUUCCACCUGGAGUCUCUGUUACAUCUUGGCUUGGCCAAAAAUGGAAACCAGGAGACAAAGAGCCAUGUGCACACCCAAACUCUCGAUUCUGUGCUCCAGCCAGACAGUGCCCAAUUAUGGACCCAGGCUGGGAGAGUCCAGAGGGAGUACCAAUCGAUGCCAUUAUUUUUGGGGGUCGUCGUCCCAAGGGUGUUCCACUAGUGUAUGAAUCUUUUAAUUGGCGCCAUGGAGUGUUUGUCGGUGCUGCUAUGCGAUCAGAAGCCACAGCUGCAGCUGAGCAUAAAGGAAAAGUCAUCAUGCAUGACCCCUUUGCCAUGCGUCCAUUUUUUGGUUAUAACUUUGGCCAUUACCUUUCUCACUGGUUAUCUAUGUCUCGUCGACCUGGUGCCCACUUACCUCGUAUAUUCCAUGUCAACUGGUUCCGGCGAGAUGAAGCUACUGGUCAGUUCUUGUGGCCUGGAUUUGGGGAGAACUCAAGAGUACUGGAGUGGAUCUUUCGCCGAUGCCAGGGUGAAGAUGUGGCAGUGUCUAGUGCGGUGGGACUGCUCCCAGCUCCUGGCUCAAUCAAUACAUCUGGCCUGUCUUCAUCUGUCAAUAUGGGAGCCCUUUUUGACCUUCCUAAAGAAUUCUGGGAGCAGGAAGCAAAAGAGAUACGCAGUUAUCUGACAGAACAAGUAAAUGUGGAUCUUCCAGGGGAAGUGGAAGAAGAAUUGGUAGCGUUGGAAUCUCGGGUCAAGGACUUAUAAAAAGGAAGGAAAAAAAAUGUGAUUUUUUUUUUUUUUGUGCGGGAGGUGAAAACACUUGUUUACUGUUUCAGUUUCAGGGAUAUUAAAGUUGUGACUACCCUAGGAUUAAACAAGAUGAACAUACUUGAUAUUUAUAUGCUGGCAGGGUGGCCAAGCAAGCACUAAAUAGUUUUAGUAAAGUGCCUUAUAAUACCUAUAGCCAUUAUUGGUUAGGAGGAGCCUGGCUCUGAUUUUAGCUAGGUUGACAAUGUGAAAUCUGUCAUUGAAUUUAAGGGAUGCAAUAAUGCCCGGUUUUACAAAUAUCUCAAGAAAUGUACAGCUGUGUAUUCCAUCUUUGGUAUUUUUAAUUGUCCUCUAUUGAUGAUCAAGUGCCUCUUUUGCUAAGAUGAAGAAUACCAUAAAUUCAAAGGCCGUACAUUUGUCAGUUUAAGUCAUUAGUAGAGACAAGUGUCCUAGCCCAAAUGUUUCUUUGAGGUCACUUACACUCAAGUCUGUCCUUUGUAUGCACCAUUUGAGAUUGUGUGAUUGUCUGCAGAGACUCACUUGGACACCCGAUCACACACAUACUCUGUUCUGUCAUAUCCUGUGCACAGUCCAUUCAACAUUUUUUGAUACCAUCACACGAUAAGCUUCUUUUUGGAAACACAUCACAUCUUAAAACACUUGAUUUAUUUUUUUAUUAUUUAAUCAUGAUCCUGAACUGGAAAACGUCCACUCGGCAGAUCUGUUAAUCAGGGCAUUAACUGCUGGAAGCACUCUAAACUCCUAAUGGCUGAAUACUGAUUCUGUCCAAGGGAAUCGCUUUGUAUUGCAAUAUGCUACUCCAAAGAAAAACUCGCGUGCAAUUUUAACUUUUGAACUGUGGACUCUGAAGCAGCUCUUGCCAAAUCAAAAGCUAUGGAAAGUAUGAAUCAAUAAAGUCUCUUUUACUAAA